GAUUAUUGUCAGAAUGGCGGUGAAUGUUGCAGCAACACUUCUCCUUGCUUCUGGGGUCAUUCUCCUGAUUUACCUCAUUAAAUGGUGGAUGAAUGUAAAGAAGAAAGACUUACCACCAGGGCCCACCCCUCUGCCACUUCUGGGGAAUAUCAUGCAGAUUAGUAUCACUGAAUUGCCACAGUCUCUGGUCAAGCUAAGUGAAAAGUACGGACCUGUGUAUACAGUCUACCUGGCCAACAAUCGAUCGGUCGUGUUGAUUGGCUAUGAUGCUGUGAAGGAGGCUCUGAUUGAUCGCAGUGAUGUGUUCAGUGAAAGAGGGGAAGCCGGUGUAAUAGAAUUAUUCUUUAAGAAUUUUGGGGUCAUCAUGAGCAAUGGAGAAAGAUGGAAGACAAUGCGUCGCUUUUCCCUGAUGACACUGAGAAAUUUUGGGAUGGGGAAGAGGAGCGUGGAGGAGAGAAUCCAGGAGGAAGCUCGGUUUCUGAUGGGUUCUGUUUGUGUAAUCACAGGUAAACCGAUUAACCCGAUGAAUCUGCUAAAACUAGCUGCCUCCAAUGUUAUCUGCUCUAUUAUAUUUGGAGAAAGAUUUGACUAUGAAGAUGAGAAGUUUAUGACCCUUAUGACACUUAUGCAAGAAUUUAUUACCCUGGCGAACUCAAGAUCAGGCCAGCUUUUUAAUCUGUUCCCAACCAUAAUGAGCCAUGUUCCUGGCACCCCCCAGAAAAUGAUCCUGACUUUUGAAAAGCUUAAAGCGUUUCAGAUAGAUAUGGUGAAAGCUCACAAGGAGACAUUGGAUGAGAACUGCCCACGUGACUUCAUAGAUUGCUUCCUCAUGAAAAUGGAAGAGGAAAAGAAUGACCCAAAAACAGAAUUCCAUUAUGAUAACUUAUUAGGAACAAUAAAUGACCUUUUCUUUGCUGGGACGGAGACUACAAGUAUAACACUGACAUAUGGCUUCCUGAUACUACUCAAAUACCCUGAGAUACAAGAGAGGAUCCAUAAAGAGAUCGACAAUGUAAUAGGCAGCGAUCGCUCUCCAUCAGUGGAGGACAGGAGUAAGAUGCCAUAUACAGAUGCCGUCAUUCAUGAGAUCCAGAGAUUUGCUGAUAUUGUACCAGCAGGGCUACUACAUGCCGCCAGCAAGGACACCACGUUUAGAGGAUAUCACAUUCCAAAGGGAACUUUGGUGCUUCCAAUCCUAACUUCAGUCCUAAAGGACCCCACUUAUUUCAAGAACCCUCAUAAAUUUGACCCUGGACAUUUUCUUAAUCAGAAUGGCACCUUUAAGAAAAGUGAUGCCUUCAUGCCAUUUUCAGCAGGAAAGCGUGUGUGUAUGGGUGAGGGUUUGGCUCGCAUGGAACUCUUCCUCUUUUUGACAACCAUUCUGCAAAGGUUUACUCUGAAAUCCACCGUGGACAGAAAGUACAUAGACAUUACACCGGAGCCCAACACCAAUGCUACCAGACCUCGGGAUUAUGAGAUGUUGGCUGUGCCUCGCUGAGGGACCAUUGUAUAUUCCGGUGCUAUUGGAUAUCUUGUUCAUGUUUCAGGAGCCCUUAUCACUGUACACUUUG